AUGUCUAGCGACGACUCCUUCCAACUAUACGACCUUCGCGUCGAGAUGAUCUGUCCCGAGGGGAAGCGCAUACUUUGCGGGGCAAAGGAGGGCGACUACUUUACGUUGAAGGGCGAGAUGAUGCAUCUUCCACCGGGUCAAGGAAUCAGUAUUUAUAGUUUGGCGGCUGUCCUCCCCUUGUUGGCUGCGAAACAACGCAUGACCCACGAACACGACUGGAUGACGACGGAUUCAACUAUUGCUUGCCCUGAUCCGAACUGUCCAUCGCAAUUGAAGAUUUCAAGGACGGGAAUUACGACUUUUAAACACUCGGACACGACGGUGGUGCCUCUGGGAUCGACGUGA